UGCAACAAAGUUUACAGUGAUACAGAAAGUAGAGCGCGUGCGCGGCGGUGCUCUUUGAUCGGGUCUGAGUUCUAUAAUCCGAUUCGAUUCGAGUUUACAUGCGAUCGGUGUGAAUGUGGGAAUAGAUCGAAGUCCAGAUGGGAAAAAGCUGCCGGGGGAUUUGUGUUCUGCUCUGCGGCGGUGGAAUUUAAAUUUUGCUGAUGAAAGUGAAUUUCAGAAAAGUGUUAAUCGUGAAGGAUUUCAUUAUUUAUUAUUGUUAGUUUUAUUCUUCCUCUUCUUCUUCUUAUUCGUAGCAGUAGAUAGUAACAGCAGCAGUAGUCUAGUACAGGGACAUUUUCUCAUAUCUUCUUCUGUUUAUCCAUUUUUUUUCUGCGUAUAACCGUGAUCAAAUCCUCUUGAGGGUUCUUCUGGGCUUUCCCCUACAUCUCACUUGGCUUUGUGCUGAAAUCAUUUGUAUCACUGCUGAUUUUGUUGCCUGCUGCGGGUGCAAGGGCCAAAUUUGCUUUAAACAAACAAACAAACAUCCCUAACUUGUGUGUAAACAUGCCAAAGAGUCGAGCAGGCGUCCACAAGUUCCUUCUGUCUCGUCCCCGAACCCUGAAGCUGGCCUAUGGUUAUAACUCCAACAUGAAUGUAGGCAAAAGUGGAUACAGGGUCUUCUGCGCCAACAACAUCCCGGCAUGCACCGAGCUGGCCAACAAGAUCACUGAGCGUCUCGGUGUGGAGUUGGGAAAGUCGCUGGUGUUUGAGGCGGCUAACAGAGAGACCACGGUGGAGGUGAAGGAGUCGGUGAGAGGACAGGAUGUCUUUAUCAUCCAAACCAUACGCAGGGAUGUGAACACAGCGAUCAUGGAGCUGCUGGUGAUGGCGUACGCUCUGAAGACGUCCUGUGCCAAGAACAUUAUUGGCGUCUUCCCGUAUUUCCCCUACAGCAAGCAGUGCAAGAUGAGGAAGAGAGGAUCCAUCGUCUGCAAGCUGCUAGCAUCCAUGCUAGCUAAAGCAGGUCUGACGCACCUCAUCACCAUGGACCUGCACCAGAAAGAGAUCCAGGGUUUUUUCAACUUCCCUGUGGAUAACCUUCGAGCCUCGCCUUUUCUGCUGCAGUACAUCCAAGAGGAGAUCCCGGACUUCAGAAACUCUGUUAUUGUUGCAAAAUCGCCCUCAGCUGCAAAGAGAGCUCAGUCGUACGCCGAGCGUCUCCGACUUGGUUUGGCAGUAAUUCACGGUGAAGCUCGGUCCGAGUCUGAUCUGGCUGAUGGUCCAACCUCUCCUCCUGCGUUCAGGCCCUCGUGUGGACCUCCAGGCCUCGAACUGCCCUGGAGAUACCGAGCUCCGUUCCCUGGCAUCGAGCUUCCAAUGAUGAUGGCUAAAGAGAAACCGCCCAUCACCGUGGUGGGAGACGUUGGAGGUCGAAUCGCAAUCAUUGUUGACGAUAUCAUCGAUGAUGUGGAGGACUUUGUGGCAGUGGCGGAGAUUCUGAAGGAGAGAGGAGCGUAUAAAGUCUACGUCAUGGCCACUCACGGCUUGCUCUCGGCCGACGCCCCACGCCUCAUCGAGGAGUCCGUUAUAGACGAGGUGGUGGUGACGAACACGGUCCCCCACGAGGUCCAGAAGCUCCAGUGUCCCAAGAUUAAGACAGUGGACGUCAGUAUGAUUCUGGCUGAAGCCAUCCGCCGCAUCCAUAACGGAGAAUCCAUGGCCUACCUGUUCCGCAACAUCACCGUAGAUGAUUAAUGAGUAAAACGAGUCCUCAUGCUGAUCCAGAACCAGUCUGGGGCCUCUUCCUGUGGUGCCUGGUGUUUCAUCCCAUGGUUUCAGGUCCUGUUUUAUAUUUAAAAAAAAAAGAACACGCAGCAGCAGUAUGAAGAUGUUCCUUGUUCAGGAGGCUUGAACUUCGAAUAGCUUCGACAGCGCAGAUGUAAUUAUUCCAGAAACACAAUAACAAUCUCAAUGUGGAGAAGAAGGAGGAAGAGAUGGAAGAACACGACAUCAUUCCGUGUCUGUUGGAGAGACCCAUGCUCGAAGAAUCUUGUACUCACUUCCACUUGUAUGCACUACAUUUCACAAUAAACCCUCCCCCCCACCCGCCCACCCCUCCUGUUCGAAAUCUUCUCUUGUUUUGUCAUGUGUAAAAAUGGUGGACCAAUAAAUCAAGAAGAAUGGA